CCAAAUUAGUGAGAAUUCUUUCAUGGUUUUCUUUGUCGCAAACUUGUCUGAGGAAAAAAUGAACCAGGGAAGUCAAUCAACAACAACUUCGACCAAAAUAGAAAGAAGGCUCAUCGAAAAAAAUAGGAGAAAUCAAAUGAAAAUCCUCUAUUCCAAGCUCAAUGUUCUCCUCCCAAAUCAGAACUCCAAGGAGUCACUGCCACUACCGGAUCAAGUAGAUGAAGCAAUAGAGCACAUCAAAAGCCUGGAGACAAAGCUGAAGAAAUAUAAGGAGAGGAAGGAGAGCUUAAUGGGCAGGAAAAGAUCAUACGCAUGCACAAAUUUUGAACCUAAAGCGAACCUAAAAUCUCCCCAGAUCGAAAUUCGAGAAGUGGGUUCCACUCUAGAAGUUGUUUUGAUAACUGGGAAAGAUAAUCACUUCAUCUUCAAUGAAGUUGUUCACAUUCUUCAUGAAGAACAAGCUGAGGUCCUGAAUGCCAGUUAUUCAGUUGCUGGGGACUCAAUUUUCCAUAUAGUGCAUGCUCAGAUUACCGGAUCUUCCAUGGAUUUUGGGGCUACAAAAGUAACAGAGAGACUGAAAAGUUUGAUUUACGGAUCCACGAGCGACAUAGAAUUACAGUCAGACCUGUGGGACUUCGAUUACGAUGUCCAACCUGACUCAUGGAAUUUCUGAAGAUGAUGCCAUGUUAGAAAUAAGGUAGGAAAAGCUACAAGCCUGUGAUUAGUUUUACGGUAGCCAUGUAUCCCUGCGGAUGAUGACUAAUUUAAUAUAUGACGAGAUGAAAUUUAUAUACUUUUUUGGA